GGCAGCCAAUGGGCGCCGAGGAGGUGGGCUGGCUGGCGGCUGCCACCCUCCUGGCGACGGGCUCGCGGAGUCGGGGAGCGCGCGAGCCACCGCCUCCCAGGCCGUGGGGGAGGGGCCGCGGGAGGAGGAGGAGGAGCCGGCGAGCAGCCGCCCGAGGACCACUGCUCUCCCAGGCUGCGGAGCACCCACGCCGGUCCCGCUCCUCCGCCGCCAGCAUGAUCGCCGCGCAGCUCCUGGCCUAUUACUUCACCGAGCUGAAGGAUGACCAAGUCAAAAAGAUUGAUAAGUAUCUCUAUGCCAUGAGGCUCUCCGAUGAAACUCUGAUAGAUAUCAUGACUCGUUUCAAGAAGGAAAUGAAGAAUGGCCUCUCCCGGGAUUUUAACCCAACAGCCACGGUGAAGAUGUUACCGACAUUUGUAAGGUCCAUUCCUGAUGGUUCAGAAAAGGGAGAUUUCAUUGCCCUGGAUCUUGGCGGGUCUUUCUUUCGAAUUCUGCGGGUGCAAGUGAAUCAUGAGAAAAACCAGAAUGUUCACAUGGAGUCUGAGAUUUAUGACACCCCGGAGAACAUCGUGCAAGGCAGUGGAAGCCAGCUUUUUGAUCAUGUUGCCGAGUGCCUGGGAGACUUCAUGGAGAAAAAGAAAAUCAAGGACAAGAAAUUGCCUGUGGGAUUCACAUUUUCUUUCCCUUGUCGGCAAUCCAAGAUAGAUGAGGCCAUCCUGAUCACUUGGACAAAGAAAUUUAAAGCAAGUGGAGUGGAGGGAGCAGAUGUGGUGAAGCUGCUCAGCAAAGCCAUCAAAAAGCGUGGGGACUAUGACGCCAGCAUUGUGGCCGUGGUGAAUGACACAGUGGGGACCAUGAUGACGUGUGCAUAUGACGACCAGCAGUGUGAAGUUGGCCUCAUCAUUGGCACUGGCACGAAUGCUUGCUAUAUGGAGGAACUGAGAUACAUAGACCUGGUGGAGGGCGACGAGGGGAGGAUGUGCAUCAACACGGAGUGGGGGGCCUUUGGGGACGACGGGGCCCUGGAAGACAUCCGCACCGAGUUUGACCGGGAGAUAGACCGGGGGUCUCUCAAUCCCGGAAAACAGCUGUUUGAGAAGAUGGUCAGUGGCAUGUACCUGGGGGAGCUGGUUCGACUGAUCCUGGUCAAGAUGGCCAAGGAAGGCCUCUUAUUUGAAGGGCGGAUCACCCCAGAGCUGCUCACGAGAGGAAAAUUUAACACCAGUGAUGUGUCAGCCAUUGAAAAGAAUAAGGAAGGCCUUCACAAUGCCAAAGAAAUCCUGACCCGCCUGGGAGUGGAGCCAUCUAAUGAUGACUGCAUCGCUGUCCAGCAUGUGUGCACCAUUGUGUCCUUUCGUUCUGCCAACCUGGUGGCUGCGACGCUGGGCGCCAUCUUGAACCGCCUUCGAGAUAACAAGGGCAUACGCAGGCUGCGGACCACGGUUGGUGUCGACGGGUCUCUGUACAAGACGCACCCACAGUAUUCCCGGCGUUUCCACAAGACUCUGAGGCGCUUGGUGCCUGACUCUGAUGUGCGUUUCCUCCUCUCGGAGAGUGGCAGUGGCAAGGGGGCCGCCAUGGUGACCGCGGUGGCCUACCGCCUGGCUGAGCAGCACCGGCAGAUAGAGGAGACCCUGGCCCACUUCCGCCUCACCAAGGAGAUGCUGCUGGAGGUGAAGAGGAGGAUGCGGGCUGAGAUGGAUUUGGGGCUCAAGAAGCAGACACACGAAAAGGCAGCAGUCAAGAUGUUGCCCUCCUUCGUCCGAAGCACUCCAGAUGGGACCGAGCACGGUGACUUCUUGGCCCUGGAUCUUGGAGGAACGAACUUCCGUGUCCUACUGGUGAAAAUCCGUAGUGGGAAAAAGAGGAUGGUGGAAAUGCACAACAAGAUCUAUGCCAUUCCCACUGAAAUCAUGCAGGGCACUGGGGAAGAGCUGUUUGACCACAUCGUCUCCUGCAUCUCUGACUUCCUGGACUACAUGGGGAUCAAAGGCCCCAGAAUGCCUCUGGGCUUCACCUUCUCAUUCCCCUGCAAGCAGACGAGCUUGGAUGCGGGCAUCUUGAUCACCUGGACGAAGGGUUUUAAGGCAACCGACUGUGUGGGCCAUGAUGUAGUGACCUUACUAAGGGAUGCUGUAAAAAGAAGAGAGGAAUUCGACCUGGAUGUGGUGGCUGUGGUCAACGACACGGUGGGCACCAUGAUGACCUGUGCUUAUGAGGAGCCCACCUGUGAGGUUGGCCUCAUCGUAGGGACCGGCAGCAAUGCCUGCUACAUGGAAGAGAUGAGGAACGUCGAGAUGGUGGAGGGAAAUGAGGGACGAAUGUGCAUCAACAUGGAGUGGGGGGCCUUCGGGGACAAUGGGUGCCUAGACGAUAUCAGAACAAACUAUGACAGACUGGUGGAUGAGUAUUCACUGAACCCUGGGAAACAAAGGUUUGAGAAGAUGAUCAGUGGUAUGUACCUGGGUGAAAUUGUCCGCAACAUAUUGAUCGACUUCACCAAAAAGGGAUUCCUCUUCCGCGGGCAGAUCUCUGAGACACUGAAGACUCGGGGCAUCUUUCAGACCAAGUAUCUCUCUCAGAUCGAGAGUGACCGAUUAGCGCUGCUCCAGGUCCGGGCCAUCCUCCAGCAGCUGGGCCUGAACAGCACCUGUGACGACAGUAUCCUUGUCAAGAUGGUGUGCGGGGUGGUGUCCAGGAGGGCGGCACAGAUGUGUGGCGCCGGUGUGGCUGCUGUGGUGGAUAAGAUCCGCGAGAACAGGGGGCUGGACCAUCUCAGCGUGACUGUGGGGGUGGAUGGAACACUCUACAAGCUACAUCCGCACUUCUCCAGAAUCAUGUGCCAAACUGUGAAGGAACUGUCCCCAAAGUGUAAAGUGUCCUUCCUCCUGUCGGAAGAUGGCAGUGGCAAGGGGGCUGCCCUCAUCACGGCGGUGGGUGUGCGGCUCCGAGAAGAACCGAGCAGCUAAGAGUCCUGGACCCCAGCCUGCUGCCCUUCCAGAACUUCUCUCUUCAAGUGGCACUCCUGUUCUCCCCAGCGCGUUGUGCUGGGAGACGCCGGAGCCAGAGCCCCUCACUGCUGCGGGGGGGGAAACAAGCCACCUAAUGGCACAUAGCAUAGGGUACAAAAUAGAGUGUGUGCUGUUGAUAAUAUCUCUCACCUCCGGAUCGCCCUCAUCCGCCCUGCCUCUCUGCAUGAUUUAAUUUCAGCCUGGUUGUACAUUCCCCAUGUGUGAAGUUUAGUGGUGUUCAUUUCUAAUUUAUGCAUUUGUCCAGCAGUUAUUUAUUGGCCCGAGAUGAAAAGUCAUACCAUCUGAAGGCCUUAGAGGCCUCUGCAGCCCGUCCUUGGGGACAUCCUCCGUGUGAAAUGUAUUAUCACCAGCAGACACUGCCAGGGCUCCUCCCGGGGGCGCGGUAGCUGCUUCCCCAUCCCAGCACCCACUGCUCUCUGGCGUCCCGAGGAUCCAGCGGGAUAUGUCAGUGCCACUGAAUUGUGCAUCUGUGGAACUGAACAUAGCUGCACUGUAACAGUCUUGCAUCCUGUCUGUCCUGGGGUGAGGGUGGGGAAAGGGUGGGCAGUCCUGCGGGUAAGUGUCUUGUCUCUGGGUAAAAGGAACCCACCAACAAACUGCCCUCACUGCAAUGUCCCAUCGCUUUUGUGAGCCAUGUUGUACGACCUAGUAAACUUUGUACCAGUUCAAAGACCUGAGUGAUGCUUUCAAUGGCUGGGGAGCGGGGAGAACAUCUGGGGGGUCCAUAACAGCCAGACCCUGGAGGUUUUGUGGCUGUCCAGAUUGAAGGAGCUUGAAAUGAAGGCUGUGUUCUUCAGCCCCCUGCCUGUUUUAGGCAUGAGGCCGUCUCUGCUCUCUCUGCAAAGUGUCACAGAGGUAGCCUCUCCCCUUGUCUCCCAGAACCUGCCCUGCUGGCUCCCUGCCCUUAAUGCUGGGUCCUACCCUGGUCACAGGCUCCUGUAGCCUCCACCCCUCACCUUUAAGAAGGUAUAGGGAUGGAACGCUUCUCUCUACCCAUAGCCUGGCCUCCGCACUGUAGCUGUAACAGAGAAAAAGUCGUCUUGGCUUUCAGGGGCUGUCUGGGUGUAACGAGAAGACAGUGCACCAUUGGCCCUCUGCUUGCCAUCCCCAAGCAGAUGCUGCCCUUCACCAUGCUCUCUGCUAUCUCCAAGGCAACAGGUGGACUAGACUCCCAGCCCUGAUACAGACGAAGCCUUGUGGCAGCUCCGGUAGCAGGACUGGUGCCCCCAAAUCCCACCUUAAAUUAACCCCUUGUGUAGAAAUUGGCCCUUAUCUGACCCUUUCAUCCUACGGUACAUCUGCCUCGUGCUCAGCUACACCAUGACUGCCAUGUUGGAUUGCCCCCUGCAGCCCACUGAUGGAUCCCACAUCAGUCCACGUGGUGGUACCCUGUGGCUGAGGUGCCACAUGCGUCUCCACCCCAUGACUACGGCUCCCCUUGGGGCUGACUGCAUGCUCACUUGGUUUGGUGAGACCAGAGGCCCUUAAGUUGGCAUUGCCAGUGCCUAUGGCACAGUGAUCUUUGUGAAGAACACAGAUAACAUUAAAUAAACUCUUCUGGAUGUGCA